UGAAUUUAAGUUUUCAAUAUAAAUCACAUGCCAAACAAGUCCUAUUUCCCAUAAUCUCAUCCCAACAUGGAAGGCCAAAAUAACACUAAAGAUGAGGCCAAAAGUUGCCUCAAACCUCAAGUGGCAGUUGUGGUGGUACCCUUUCCAGCACAAGGCCAUCUCAACCAACUCCUUCAUCUCUCUAAUCUCAUUACUUCCUAUGGAUUACCAGUUCACUAUGCUGGAUCCGCCUCCCACAACCGCCAAGCCAAACUCCGCCUUCAUGGUUGGGACUCACAAAGUUCGAGCAAAGUUCAUUUUCAUGACUUCCAACUCCCUCCCUACAGCUCGCCUCCUCCCAACCCCGACCCUUCUAUUCAAUUCCCAGCGCACCUCCAACCUCUUUUCGACACUUCUUUACAUCUUCGCCAACCUGUGAACCAACUCUUACAUCAACUGUCAACCAACUUCAGGAGAAUCAUUGUCAUUCAUGAUUGUUUAAUGGCUUCUGUGGUGCAGGAUGUCAAACUCAUCCCAAAUGCUGAAGCCUAUGCUUUCAUUCCCAUCUCGGCCUUUACAUCGUUCUUUAAUUCCUGGGAUAGAAUACCAGACAAACCCUUUCAGUUGGAUUCAGAUAUUCCUAAAUGCAUCCCUUCUACAGACGGCUGCUCAACACAGGAGAUUGCAAACUUUAUAGCCAACCAACGAAAAUGUCUGGGGUUUGAGUCAGGAAGGCUCUACAAUACAUCCAUGGUAAUAGAAGGUAGAUAUAUUGAACUGUUGAAAAAGCUGUCAAAAAAGUCUGAGAUAAAACAUUUUGCAGUUGGACCGUUAAAUCCAGUGGAAAUAGAAAACAAAAGCGAAAAACAGCAACAUAUGUGCUUGAAAUGGCUAGAUAAACAAAUGAAAGAUUCAGUGAUAUAUGUCUCUUUUGGAUCUACAACCACUAUGACAGAUGAGCAGAUCAUGGAGUUGGCAACAGGGUUGGAGAAAAGCGAGCAAAAGUUCAUAUGGGUGCUUAGAAGAGCUGACAUUGGUGAUGUUUUUAAAGGCGGUGAAGACAGAAAGCCACAGCUGCCAGAAGGGUACGAAGAGAGAAUGGAAGACAGGGGAAUGGUGGUAAGAGAGUGGGCACCUCAGCUAGAAAUUCUAGCACAUCCAUCUAUAGGUGGGUAUAUGAGUCAUUGUGGGUGGAACUCGUGCAUGGAGAGCAUCAGCAUAGGAGUACCGAUGGCAGCUUGGCCUAUGCAUUCUGAUCAACCAAAGAACGCUAUUUUGGUGACAGAAGUGCUAAGAAUUGGUACACUGGUGCGGGACUGGACACAGCAUGCUGAACUAGUUAUGUCAACUACUAUAGAGAAUGCAUUAAGAAGAUUGAUGGCAUCAAAAGAAGGAGAGGAGAUGCGGAAAAGGGCAGCAGAAUUAGGUGAUGUUGUUCGAGCAUCAGUUGCUAAAGGAGGUGCUUCUCGCCUAGAAAUUGAUUCUUUCAUUUCUUAUAUCACCAGAUGUUAACAAUAUGUCACAGUGAAUUGAAUUGGAUUCUUCUAUUUCUUAAAUCCUUAAGUUUUUAUUUGAUUUCUAUUAUUCCUAA